AUCAACCGGAUAUAUAUAUACUUGUCAUCGGUGGUUCAUAUCUCAAUCUUGCUUCUUUUGUUCUUCGUUAUAUUUCCGAUUUCAAUCUAAAGAUCUUCGAAAAAACAAAAGCGUGAAUUAAAAAUGGCCAAGGCUCGUACGAUAGGCAUCGGGAUGGAUUACUCAGCAACAAGCAAAUCAGCGUUGAAAUGGGCGAUUGAUAAUCUUAUUGAAUCCGAAGACAUCAUCGUCAUCAUCCUUGUCUUGUCGCCGAAAUCAGAUCCCGCUAAUAAGAAACUCUUUGCUGACACCGGAUCACCUUUGAUACCAUUGAUAGAGUUGAAAGAGCCUGGUGUGUGCAAGAAAUAUGGAAUCACUCCUGAUUCCGAGCUCUUUGACAUGCUUGACUCAGUUUCCAGGGAUAAAAUGGCUAAGGUAGUUGCGAAGGUAUACUGGGGAGAUCCAAGGGAGAAGCUUUGUGAAGCUGUAAAUCUUCUGAAACUCGAUUCUCUUGUUCUUGGAAGCAGAGGUCUCGGUGCCAUUAAAAGAUUUUGAAUGUAUUCACAGGGUGUUGCUUGGGAGUGUAAGUAGCUACGUGGUGCAAAAUGCGAGUUGUGCUGUAACUGUUGUCAAGUAGAUAGACAUGGAGUUUAGUUGGUGUGUUUAUGUAAAAGAACAAAAUAUGCGCCCACAGAACCAGAUGUUUCUAGUGUUUGGAGAGAUGAAGUGCGAUGGAGACGUUUAGAAGUGGGGAAUAUUUUGUACACUUCGUAUUUUUGCUUUUUGACUUUUUUGUUUUAUUUGUCAUAUAGAAUUUGGAUUGAUGUGUAAACCUUUGAUUAAGUUAUUUGUUGUUUUGCUGUUAUAAUCGUUAUGGUUUGGGGCAUA